UAUACCCAACGGAUUCCUCCAAAAUCCACUCCCACUGGAGAGAAAACUUCAGCAAGAAUUUGCAGAGAGAUCGAGGAAACAAAAAUCCCCAAAUCUCAGUGAGACGUUCCGAAGAAGAAGAAGAAGAAUCAUCAACAAUGGGCGACAUGAUUGUGAACAGCCAGUACGAAAUCCUGGAGGAGAUCGGAAGAGGAAGAUUUGGAAUCAUCACUCGUUGUUUUUGCCCCAUUUCUGGCAAGUUCUUCGCCUGCAAAACCAUUGCGAAAAGCGAUCUCGUCGAUGAAACUGACAAAGAAUGCCUCGAGAAAGAGCCCAAAAUCAUGGCCAUUCUCCCUCCCCAUCCCAACAUUCUUCGAUUAGUCGACGUACUUGAGAACGAUGAUUAUCUCUGUUUGAUCUCCGAGCUCUGCGAUUCCAUUUCUCUCUACGAUCGGAUCGUCCGUCGUCCGUUUUCGGAACCGGAAGCCGCCGUCGUUAUGAAGCAGCUUCUUGAAGCGCUUUACCACUGUCAUUUCCAUGGCGUGGUUCAUCGCGAUGUGAAGCCUGACAACGUGCUGUUCGAUUCCAGGAACAAUUUGAAACUCAUCGAUUUCGGAUCGGCUGAGUGGUGUGAGAAAGACGGAUUUAUGUACGGUGUCGUCGGAACGCCUUUCUACGUAGCGCCAGAAGUUUUGAGAGGAUCGGAGUAUGGUCGGAAGGUCGAUGUGUGGAGUGCCGGUGUGAUUCUGUACACGAUGUUGGCUGGAUUUCGGCCGUUUUACGGCGAGUCCGCGACGGAUGUGUUUGAGGCGGUUCUUAGAGGAAAUCUGAGAUUUCCGACUAGGGUUUUCAGGUCGGUUUCUUCUGCAGCUAAGGAUUUAAUAAAGAAGAUGAUCUGUCGAGAUGUAUCUAAAAGAUUCUCUGCUGAACAAGCUCUCCGACACCCAUGGAUUUCGAGUGGCGGAGGAGGAACAGCUUCAGUAUGAUGAGUUUACAUAUAAUCAUUUUUGCAUUCCAGUACAUAAUCCUCCCCCAAUCCUCUGCUGCUUACUCUGCUUCCCCCACCUUGAGUUCAGACUCCAUUAAUGGCUGCUCCACAGUUCUUGAUACUGUGCUGUCCAUAUCAUAUCUCUUUUGUUUUUGGAUUUCUUCCUGAAUGUUUCAGAGGAAUUUGGAAAUCCUCUGUUGUACAAAGUGUUUGGGAGGUGAGAAAGUCACCAAAAAAAAAAAAAAAAAAUCAA